GCCUCCCACAUCUCCAAUAAUUAAGACGCAGGCUCCUAUGUAUUACUAGUUGUGACCCUAGCAACUACUGUUUCGGUUGUUUACUAUUAAUGCGUGAAAAUGAGUUGCAAUGGAUGCCGAGUCCUAAGAAAGGGUUGCAGUGACAAUUGCAUGCUCAGGCAAUGCCUACAAUGGAUAGAGGACCCCCAAGCUCAAGCCCACGCCACCGUUUUCGUUGCCAAGUUCUUUGGCCGUGCCGGCCUCUUCUCCUUCAUCAACGCCGUCUCCGAAUCCCAACGACCCGCUUUAUUUCAGUCGUUGAUUUUUGAGGCGGUGGGGCGGACUAUAAAUCCGGUGAAUGGAGCGACGGGGCUUCUUUUGAGUGGGAAGUGGGAGGUGUGCCAGGCGGCGGUGGAGACUGUGCUACGCGGCGGCACGUUGGAGCCACUUCCCGAGUACACUCGUGACGACCACCAAAAUUGCGUUCAUGAUCAUCAUGUUCGACUACAACGGCAAUCCACCAAGAAGAAGAGGUCUAGCGAUUUGGCUUUCGAUGAUACUGAUGAUCAUGACGUGGCGAACUGCCAGCUGCCUGAUCUUGAUCUUUGCUUGACGGCUGCGGGUGGGUUGACGUCGAGGACCAAGCGCGGAGAUUGUAGGGCGGGGACGCCGUCCUCCGCGGAAGAGUCUGAAACGACGACGUUAGGAAGCAGUUCGUCGUCAGCGGAUCAUUGUAGUGGUAAUAAUUUGAAGGGAACGACAAAGCUUCUGAGGUUAUUCAUUUGAUCAUGCAUACGUGGUCAAGAAUAAAUAUUUUUGUUUCUUCCUUCUUGUUGUAAUUGCCGAGUAAAUAAUAUGGGGGGAUUAAUAUUCGGCUGUUUAA